UGCGGAGCUUCCGGUCCCUCGCACUUCCGCUUCCGGUGCAGCGGCGGCGGAGCUGCGCAGCGAACGGCGGCGGCGGAGCAACCAUGAUCGAAGUCGUUUGCAACGACCGCUUGGGCAAGAAGGUGCGGGUGAAAUGCAACACCGAGGACUCCAUCCGUGACCUGAAGAAGCUCAUCGCGGCGCAGACGGGGACCCGCUGGGACAAGAUCGUGCUCAAGAAGUGGUACACCAUCUUCAAGGACCACGUCACGCUCGGGGACUAUGAGAUCCACGACGGCAUGAACCUGGAGCUGUACUACCAGUAGCCGGGCCACCAGCGGCCGCCUCGUCCCUUCCCAGUGUUCCCAGUUCCCCCCCACCAGUGGAACCAGUGUCCCCCCCCAUGGGAUCCCCCCGUUCCUUCCCCCCCCCGCCAUGGCUGGGCUCCGGCCCCGCUGAGGCUCUAAACGGCCCCGCGGGUGUUUUUUUUUUCUAGUUUCUAAUAAACUCCUCCCUCCACUC